AUCCUCUGUCUUAGAUUCACUCCAUGUCCUACUAUUAAUAUCAAGAAACAUUUCCUCUGUCUUUGUAUGAGGCAAUUUGAAGGAUUGAUGAAGAUACAAUGCGAAGUGUGCGAGAAGGCUGAAGCAGAAGUACUUUGCUGUUCGGAGGAAGCUGUUCUUUGCAAGCCAUGUGACAUUGAGGUUCAUGAAGCUAAUAAAAUUUUCCAAAGGCAUCAACGAGUCGCUCUACAAAAACAUGCAGCUACAUCAUCUGGAGCUCCUCUCUGUGAUAUCUGCCAGGAGAGAAAAGGGUACUUCUUCUGCUUAGAGGACAGAGCAUUGCUGUGUAAUGAAUGUGAUGCAGCUAUUCACAUUUGUAAUUCUCACCAAAGAUUCUUACUUUCUGGAGUCCAAGUUUCAGAUCAGUCUUUGACUGAAAACUCCGGAUGUAGUCUUAGCUCUGAAACUUACCAGGUUCAGUCUAAAGCUUCUCUGAAUAGUCAAUAUUCCAGUGAGGAAACUGAAGCCGGAAACUCAGUUGAGACAGACAAGAACCCUUUUGUCAACUUAAGUCCUUAG